CGCCACUGCGUAUUAUUAGGGCAAAAACUAUAAAAGUGUCAGAGGUAACUGUUAAAUUUAAACACAGCACAGUUGAGUUAUUUCCGUGCUUCGGUUACAUUCGUGCUGUGGACAAAAGAGUCGUUUCGUUUCGGUGGAAGAAAUAAGAGAUUCGUUGAAUGUGGUGAGUGGUCGGAAUGUGGCUGCUGCGAACACAGACCGAAGACUCGAAGAGGGCAAGCAGUGUGGGCGUUGUUUUGGCUAAAAAUGAAAGAAUCAUUAAUUAAACUGACUGCAGUGUGAUGUGCAAUGUGAACUGUCCACAACCUUUCGAAAAGAUCGAUCUCACUCGUUUAUUUACAAAAUGUGACUGAGAGUAAUACUAUCAAUAUGAAUCAAAAUUUCUUGUCCGGGUUUAUUAUUUUAUUGACGUCGCAAUUGGUUUUUGGCUAUUUAAACUUGUACCUUAGCUUAGCCGAGGUUCAAAGACUCUUAGGGCUGGAAGCGGAGCUCUAUUAUGUUAGAGAUGGCAACAUAAACAACUAUGCGUUAAAUUUCGUAAUGCCGGUGCCGUCCAGUUUAAAUUCCUUGCAUUUCACUUGGGAAAGUCUGGCGGAUCGACCACUAUUGUACACGAUAAAGGUUGACACUUCCGACUCCCAAAUAUUGCUUCCGCCUCAGUUGAAUAUCACAUCUAGAGGUUCCGUUCCCACUACACUCCAGACUUUUAGCCUGUCCCUGCUAUGUUCAGGGGCGGCAACGGGGGAAGUAAAUGUCACCAUAACAAUUAGCGUUACUAUAACACCUUCGAACGUAACAACACUCAUGUUCAGAAGGAAGAAAAUAUGUACGAAGUUUGAAAUGCAAACGAACCACGUCUUGGUCCACACAGUGCCAACAUAUUCGAACUCAACGAGUAUUUUUUACACGGCUAUUGUCUCGGCUUUAAUUCUGAUAAUUAUUCUUGCUUCGGUGACUGCAGCGUAUUAUGUGAAAAAUAAAAAAACGAGAGACACCACUAGUGCUAGUACCGGGCCCACGACGACUUUCCUCACCACAGGCCCACGAAAUACCGUUAACACGUCCUAUAGCAGCUUCCGGCGAAUGCCUAGCUACUCGCUCAUUGAUGAACGAUCCAAGGAUUUGCAGGAAAGGAUAACGGAAUUGACUGUGCAAAGAUGCAGAGUCCGCCUAAGCAAUGUAAUAAUGGAAGGGACUUUUGCCCGGGUGUACCAAGGAUCAUACACCAACGAAGAGGGGGUUGAUGAGCCCGUGAUAGUUAAGACAGUGACCGACCACGCCAGCCAGAUCCAGAUAUCACUCUUGCUCCAAGAGGGAAUGUCGAUGUAUUCACUUAACCAUAAGAACAUCCUUAGCAUACUCAGGGUGUCGAUUGAGGACCACACAGCACCGUUUUUGCUUUAUGCUUACAAUAACUACAGCAACUUGAAGAUAUUCCUCCAGAAAUGCAAACUAUCGCCGGAGGGAGUCUCCCACACUCUGACCACUCAAGAAGUGGUGGACAUGGCGUUACAAAUAAUCCAAGCAAUGCAGUAUCUGCACAAGAAAAAUCUCCUGCACAAAGAUUUAGCCACGCGGAACUGCAUUGUUGACGAUAAACUCAACGUACAAGUGGCCGACAAUGCCCUGUCCAGAGACCUGUUCCCGUCUGAUUAUCACUGUCUGGGCGAUAACGAAAAUCGCCCGAUUAAGUGGAUGGCGAUUGAAAGCCUGGUCCAUAAGACAUUUUCGUUCAGUUCCGACGUCUGGUCGUUUGGGGUGCUUUUAUGGGAGUUAACAACACUUGCCCAACAGCCAUACGUCGAGAUCGACCCUUUCGAGAUCGUAGCCUACCUCAAAGACGGGUACAGACUAGCACAACCGAUAAAUUGCCCCGAUGAACUGUUUGCAGUCAUGGCGUACUGCUGGGCAAUGAGUGCAGAAGAGCGCCCAACCUUCACGCAGCUGCAUAUAUGUCUGCAAGACUUCUACACACAGUUAACCAGAUACGUGUAGAUGGUGCCAAUUGGUGUGAAUUUACGUGAUGUACCCUAAUCGAUAUAAAUGUAUAUAAGAGAUGUGUACCUUGUGAAAAAUAUAUGACUGGAUUUUUGUAUUAUUAAAUAUAAUCUCUUUUCGUAAAUGGAAAGUUUUAUUCGUGGAAUUGUUCCCACCCUCAGGCACGACUAGCCUGAUUUGUUUCUGAUGAGUUUACGGUUACUUUGGCCAAUUCGCAGCAAGAUCAGAUGGGACAUAGUUUUAUGUAAUUAUAACACUCACGGUAAAAUAAAGGAAACUAAUUAUGCAAUUAUAAAUCAAGAAACACUUUUUUUUUCACCUUGAGACUGGAUGAAGGAGACCAACAUCUCAACAUUAUUAAAUUCUUGACUAUUUACUCUGAAUUGUCACGACAAAUGUCUUCACGCAAUUUGUAGUUUCAGUCUUCUUGAAGAAACAAAGUGAUUCACAUGUGCAGUAAUGGAUUGCAAGGUGUUGUUAUGGCUGGUACAAAUUUACGUCCAAGUAAACGUGUAUAGUGCAACAGGCAUUUCCUCCAAAUUAGAUUUCGGUGAGCAACCUAAACUCGUGGCUGACGCUAACAGCAGAUCGCACAAACCCGUAAUCAAUGACAAAAUAAAACUAACUUACAAAGUGGAAGAAAACGCUAAUAAAGUCGCCAAAACGGAGGAAACCAUCAACACCGACGUCGUGGUCGAAAUUAAGACGAAAGUCGGGGUUGUUCAAAAUAACAAAACUGACGAUGUGGACGACGUCCCUGUAAUUGUGGGAAAACCUGACAAUUUUGACGACAAAGCCCUGAGCACUUCUCCAGCGCCGUUCACCCCAACGUACAACGCGUUUCCACCGCAAAGUCUAUAUUUGGAAAAUGCAAACAGAAAAUACAAUUUCCCCGUAACGCAGUCCCGAAAUAAUAUCAGAGAUGAAGAAAUUAUCCCAAGCGCGAAGGAAGACACAAUACUCAGAAUUCCGCAUUUCGACCAAAUUUACCACAGUCACUACUUCGGGGAGAACCCACCCCCGCAAUUAAUUUGGUAUCCGAAGUCCUACGGAAUCGCAAAUUUUGACCACAAGCUCGGAACGGUCUUCAAACCGUCGACUGGCGAAAGGCCAGUCACGGGAUUCACCUGCACCUACAAAACGGAGGCCACAAAGGGCCUGAAAUGGUACCCCUCGAGAGGGCGGGUUCACACCCCCGGCGACCCCGGAAGCCAAAUUAACGACAAAUUAGCACCAUUAGAUUAACGUUCAAUGCUUCCUGUGCUUUUUAUAAAACUUCAUGUGUAACGAUAAUAAAAUUAAUUUACACAAAAAUA